GAGCCCUUCUUGCCCUUACUGGUGCUUCUGCAGUCUGCCCGCCUCUGUGGAAGUGCGGUGUCUGUGGUGAUGGAGGCAUUGCCGGGGCCUGCAGCGUUCUGAGGCGGGUGAUAAGAAGGCUCUGGUGUCACAGUAAUGCCAGCUGUAACACCCAUCAAAGCUGCACUGCCCGGUGUGACUGGUAAUGGAGUGCUGAACUGUCAUAAGGGGAGCUGGGUGGCCUGUGGAGGUUCUGUGUGUUGUGUGGGGGUGGGCAUUCAGUCUGUAAUAAAGCUGGUUUGGAGGUUGGCAGCCCUCAUCUCAGUAUGCUUCAAUCAUCACCAAACUCAUCUCUUUUGAGGUAACUCCCAGGCGCUGUGAGAAGCACUGGCAGGAAAAGCUGGUGCUGGUUCUGUUUUCCCCACUGAAGCCUUCAGCCAUAACAUGCACAUGAAUAUUGGCUUUUUAAGUAACUUCAAUUUUAUUCUUGCUUUUGGUGUAGGGUAAAGCUUGGAACAGAAACAUCUGCUGCAUUUGCAGUUUUUAAGCUGAAAAGGUUUAAAUGAAGAUUGGAAAGGAUCUCAAUGCACCGAGAACAGGAGGGGGAAAUGAAGAUGGAGAGAGAAUACAGGAGUCACUGCAUCUACUCAUGGUCUUCAGAUGAAAAUCCCGUGCAGUUUUACUUAGGUUAUCAAUCUUUUGCUUUUUAAAAAUGCACCAGAAACGCAGCAGCAAAGCACAGAUCCUUGAAGGCUAUGAAUUCGCCGUUCCAUUGCAGAUGUUACAGUUCUGCUCGGCUGCCACAAGAGGGACGUAGAAGGAAAGCUAAGAUAACCGGGGAGAAAAAAACAAACCGAAAGAACAGCUUCAUGCAGCUUCAGCUGCACUGUGGCUGUGAAAAAGUGUUCCUGAAGCAAACUGGAUGAGUACUUUAAAGCAGUGGAGGAAAAGGAGGAGAAGAUCUUGACAUUUCUUCAGUGAUCUCGGAUGGAGAAGAUACUUAGAUAUUAAGCUCCCAAGGAUUAACACGUUUUCGUGGACACCUCAGUUCUUUUUGAUGUGAAAUGCAGAUUUUGAGACCAAGACCUUAUCUUUCCACUGCCAAUACUGAAGCUCCAGGAAUCAGCAAGAAUAAAACUUUCAUACAGCUGUAGCAGCUAUAGGGUGCCAUAACAGUGGUCUUUUAAUUGCUGGUGUCCUGAAAAGACCUGAUUGCUUGAGAUUUGAAGUUAAGAGACAUAAACCAGAUUUCAGCAAGCUGUAACUCUUCAAACCAGUCACAGAGCACGACCUUGAAUGGAUUAUUGCAUCUUGCACUGAAUGAAGCAUGUGGAGAGGAGAUUUCUGAAGAUAGAAGUUUGUUUUGACUGGAAACACUCAGCAGAAAGGUAGGACAGGACUAAUGAUUCUGCUCACUGCUGGGCAUGACCUUCACUGUCCAGUCCUUUCCACAAUAUCCAUCUCUAGAAUUUGCAAAUGUUCAUCCAUGGCAUUCAGAAUGAGGAGAUGCUGAGAAGUUCCAAUGUAUUGGGCUUAUUACUGAUCUGCACGUGAGUGAAAUGGAAGUGAGCGUUGAGUGCAUGUGUCAGCUUGGUUCAACUCCAUUUGUUGUCUCAUAGUCCACCAGAACAGAGAAUGCAUCUUCCAUGACAUUGACAGUUUUACUUGUGGUGGCAUUUAAUAAAAAUUAUGACUGACUAUGAUUUAGUUCAGACUUCAAGCCUCACAGUUGACAGUCUGCAAUGACUGUGACCAGUUUUUAUCUCCACCUUUUACAGUGGAUGUAUGAAAGCUGGAAACCUAGCUUUAAUGCGUGAGCAUUACCAGGCUCAUGUAAAACUACUGAAUUGAAAUGCAUGUCUUCUCAUAUAUAAUGCUUUAAAGAAGGUACUGAUCUGCUCUGUGUGCACACUAAGAAAAACAGUGGGCCUAAAGAGCAUCCCUUGGAAACAUUUUCUAGCAGUGGGAAUAUAAAGCAUUGGAAGGCUUCCUGAGCUGGUUGUGGAGCUUCUAUCACUGGAGGCUUUUAAGAACAAGGCAGAGAAAUCUGACUCAAGAAUGCCAUAGAUACUACUGAUCCCCUUUGGGAGAGAAGGUGGAAAAUAUUUUAAAAUCCUUACUGGUUAUCUUCUAGAAUGAUUUUGUUUCUUAUGGCCAUAAAUAUAUAAGAAUAACUGUAAAACACUUAGCAUACUACUUUGGAGACUGGAGGUGUUUUUCACUUAUUUUUAGAACUUGACCUUAAGACUGAAAAAUAACUUUUUCCUUCUGACUUUUGUUCUUUGCCUGGCAAACUUUAGUUAAAAACACAGAGAUGGAAAAUAUUUAAACUUUUAACUAGCAGGAGCUUUUCUUCUUGUUGUUUGUUUGUGUGCUAGCUCAUUUGUGAUGUCAACUCCAGUCAGGGGAAAAAGGUGUAACUAACUUGGCACUGCACAGAGUGCAAAAAUAGUUAUGCCAAAGCCCACAUAAACACUAUCUACUGCUCAGUGUUAUUGAUUUAUUUUUAUCAGUAAUACUUAAAAAAAACCAUGCUAUUGACAAACCUGGAAGAUGUUUCCCCAUCAGAUAAUAAUAAUAAGUUCAAGUACAUCAUCCACUCUUCAACUUGCCCUUUUACACAGGAGCAGGUACCCAGAAUGAAUCACGUCAUGACUGAACGCUUUCUGACCUACUGUUGUGUGUUGAAGCAGCAUUACAGCAAUGAUUUAUGGGAUUUCUGGCCCUUAGAUCCGAAUAUAGAAAGAUGAAGAAUGAGUCCAAGGAAAAUAAGGGUAGGAAUGACCUCAUUUUGUGGAGACACCAAGUCUUGGUCAACUUCAGAAAGCUGUGAAGAAAUGAGCUGCGUUUUUCUCUGUGCAGUUAUUUUAUCACCAUCAAUGAAAAGGUCCCAGAAUCUGUUGCAGAAUAAAGAGAAGUGACUUCAGGUUUCUAGAACAUAAAGAUACACUGAUGGCUGCCUGCAUAUGCAGAAGACAUCAUUUAUAAUUAGCACAGUGUAAAUAUAAUAGGCCUUGGUUCAGUUCAUUUGGAGUAAGUGAUCAGUAAGCACUAUUUUGUCAGCAUCCUGUCCCACACCAGUUGUUGCUGAGGAAAACUGAUGUCAUUUCUGAGCAGUGAAUAUUCCUGACAUCACUGAGUUUGAGGACUUGCAGCUUCUAAAUACCAGCAGUUUCUGUCUUGUGCUGUCACGUAUCAGCAGACAUGUAGAGGUAACAUGCUUCAUGUGUUCAGUUUGAUCUCCAGCCUCCACUAAUAAAUUAAUUAUAAGUGACUUUUGGAAGGGAAAACAGAUGGUGAUGAGCUUGCAGAUUGUCCAUGUCACCUAAGUUCUCCUUUGCCUCCCUAUGAAGCGAGCCAGCGUCUCUGCUGGUAGCCUGUAAUGUUUUAAAUCCUUUGUCUUGCAGCUUGUCCAUACAAUGUAUUUGAAAGAGUGAGGUUCUCUGCUUACCACUCAUCCUUCAGGGUGACUUGAAGAGUUUGGGAGCUUUCUUCUUUUUCUGCCAAUUAUUUGAAUUUCCAAAGGAAAUAGUCUAACUUCUCUGCAUUCUUGAGUUAGUUUGAAUGCUGAAUAAUGGGCAUAACUUAAGAACUUGUGAAUUUUAGACAAAACGUGAUCACCAGUUUAUAGUAUUGCAACAGGGUUUGUGAUUCUGAGCAGCUGAAAGUGUUCAGCAAAAGGCUGAGCUCUGUGCAGGAGAAUCAUGUCUCCUCUUGACACAUUGCUCUUUCUGGACGCAAGCACUGCUCCCUUGUUGGCUGGGGGUCACGCUGUUUUACAAGCUAGCUUCACAUGGCCUCAAAAAUGGUUGUUUCUAGGCAGCCCAUGCCUCUGCUGAAAAAAUGGUUUCCUUCUUUUGGCCUCUGAAGGCUUAGAAACAUAGAAGUAUCCAGUUAUUUAGAUAAUGGGCUUUCAAGCAACAUCUUUAUUAGGUGUCUGAGUUUAAGGCUUUUUGAAUGUAGGUUUAUUUGGUUCUAUGUCUUGAUACCAUCAGGUAAUGCUCCAUUUGGAUAGCAGAGAAUGUAUUCGUAUUUUAUGUGCCUUGUAUUAAAUGGUUCCUUUUUUUCCCCCACUUGCCACAAGAAAUAAACCUCCAUGGUCGAUUUGAUCUUUGGAUUCACAACCAGAAGUCACUUGCUGUGCAUAACAUGAGGUGACAUGUUCCAGACAAGAAGAAUCAUGGAAAUGCCACCUAGGUAAGCAGCCAGAAAUGACGUCCACCCGUCGUCCAGCAUCAGAGAAUAAGAACUUCAGAGGAAGGAAUGCAACUUCAUAAAUAGGAAACCACAGAUACUAAUGGGGAGCAGAGGCAAACCUGCAGGUUAAAAAGUAGUUGCAAGAGAAGCUCAUACAUCCACACUGCGUGGAGAUUCAAAGAUGAUUUCAGCUCUAGCCUUUGUUUUUCUCCUCUGCCUCUCCUGUCCUUUUUCAUCAUGUCAGCAGAGAAGAGCAGGAAUUGAAGUUGGGCCUGAAAUGCUGGAAGAGAUGAGAGAAACUAACCGUGUGUUAAUGGAAGUUCGAGACUUGUUGAAACAGCAGAUUAAGGAGAUAACAUUCCUGAAGAACACAGUCAUGGAGUGUGAUGCCUGUGGCAUACACACUGAAGCGACAGGCCCUCUCAUCACUGUGACACAGUUUAACAGAUGUGUCCCAAACCCCUGCUUCCCUGGAGUGCCCUGCACUGAGACCAGCACUGGCUUCCGCUGCGGACCCUGUCCCCCAGGUUACUCAGGGAAUGGGUCCCAGUGCACAGAUAUCAAUGAGUGCAGUGCAAACCCCUGCUUCCCAAAGGUCCAGUGCAUUAACACUGCUCCUGGCUUCCGCUGUGAUCCUUGCCCUCCUGGCUUCACUGGGCAAACGGUCGAAGGAGUUGGACUAGCUUAUGCCAGGGCCAACAAACAGGUUUGCACUGACAUCAAUGAAUGUGAGACAGGUGCUGCCAGAAAUUGCGUCCCGAAUUCUAUCUGUAUCAACACACGGGGAUCCUACAAGUGCGGAGCUUGUAAACCUGGCUUUGUUGGGGAUCAAAUCACCGGCUGCAAGAGCCAGACAGGGAGACUCUGCCCUAACGGCGAAGUCAGCCCGUGCCACGAGAAAGCACAGUGCAUCGUGGAGCGGGACGGCUCCAUCUCCUGCGCGUGCCUUGUGGGGUGGGCAGGGAAUGGCUACAUCUGUGGGAAGGAUACAGACAUUGAUGGAGUCCCUGAUGAAAAGCUGCGCUGCUCUGACAAGAAGUGCCGCAAGGAUAACUGCAUGACUGUCCCCAACUCUGGCCAGGAGGAUGCAGACAGGGACGGAAUUGGAGAUGCCUGUGACGAUGAUGCUGAUGGAGAUGGGAUAUUAAAUGCCGAGGACAACUGCGUGUACACCCGCAAUGCAGACCAGCGCAAUGCAGACAAGGAUAACUUUGGGGAUGCCUGUGACAACUGUCGCCAAGUGAAGAACGAUGACCAACGGGACAUUGAUGGCGAUGGGAAAGGAGAUGAGUGUGACGAUGACAUAGAUGGAGAUGGAAUCAAAAAUCCAACAGACAACUGUAGAAGAGUUCCUAACCCUGAUCAAAAAGACACUGAUGGUGAUGGAGUAGGAGAUAUGUGCGACAGCUGCCCGACACUCAGUAACCCAGACCAGAAAGAUACUGAUCAUGAUCUCGUGGGAGAUGUCUGUGACACCAACCAGGACAGCGAUGGCGAUGGCCACCAAGACACAAGAGAUAACUGCCCCUCAGUGCCUAACAGCUCCCAGGUGGACACAGACAAUGACGGACUAGGAGAUGAAUGUGAUGAUGAUGAUGACAAUGAUGGGAUUCCAGAUGAGAAGCCUCCAGGCCCUGACAACUGUCGGCUUGUCCCUAACCCUGGCCAAGAAGAUUCGGAUGGUGAUGGUGUGGGAAAUCUUUGUGAAGAGGACUUUGACAGAGACAUGGUGAUUGACAGAAUUGAUGUGUGCCCAGAGAACGCAGAAGUGACGCUAACUGACUUCAGGGCUUUCCAGACAGUCGUGCUGGACCCUGAGGGUGAUGCACAGAUUGACCCCAACUGGAUUGUCCUUAACCAGGGCAUGGAAAUUGUCCAAACCAUGAACAGCGAUCCUGGCUUGGCUGUAGGUUACACAGCAUUCAAUGGAGUGGACUUUGAGGGCACAUUCCACGUCAACACUGCCACAGAUGACGAUUAUGCUGGCUUCAUAUUUGGCUACCAGGACAGUUCCAGCUUCUACGUGGUCAUGUGGAAGCAGAUGGAGCAGACAUACUGGCAGGCAAACCCCUUCCGAGCAGUCGCAGAACCUGGUAUUCAGCUGAAGGCAGUGAAGUCCAAAACAGGCCCAGGUGAGUAUCUGCGCAACUCCCUCUGGCACACUGGGGACACCACAGACCAAGUCAAGCUGCUGUGGAAGGACCCCCGCAACUCCGGCUGGAAGGACAAGACGUCGUACCGCUGGUUCCUGCAACACCGGCCUCAGGUUGGAUACAUCAGAGCUCGCUUCUAUGAAGGCCCCGAGGUCGUAGCAGACACUGGAGUUGUCCUUGACACAACUAUGCGAGGAGGACGCCUGGGAGUCUUCUGCUUCUCCCAAGAGAACAUUAUUUGGUCAAACCUGCGCUACCGCUGCAACGAUACCAUUCCAGAAGACUAUGAAACAUUUAAGGUUCAGCAAGACUAACCUGACUUUAAAAUGUCCAACAAAAUCUGCUUAUAAAAAAGUGCUCAGCUGCCCCACUGUUGCCUCUGGUAUACUGUAUAAAGAACUGUAAGUCAUAUACCACUGCACUCUGCACAGCACCAAGUGUCACUGCACUAUCUGGCAUGUUUCCUACAACAGCAACUUUCCUGUAAAUGCUACCAAAUCCUCUUGGAACAGCAGAAGCACAGACGUCAAGUGUGCCUCGAAGCCUGUGCUGCUGUUCUCUGCACUACGUGGAGAAAGAUGUGCUGAGAAGCUACUGCAGUAGCUGAAUUGUUUGACUAAGAUUAGCGUGGAUGAUUCCCUGGACUUUUUUCCCCACUCCAAGGCUCUCAAAUGUAAAUGUUGUCUUUUUCGAGACCUACCAAAGCAAACCCAGCACAAGUCUGAAAGGGUCACAGAAAGCCAAGUCCAAUGUCCAAGUUGCUCACAAAGUAUUAAAAAAAAAAAAAAAGCACUUUAGGGAGAGUAUCUUUGUUCUGGAAUGUUGGAUAAUAAAUACUCUAAUAGACUUCUCCUUGC